AGUAAAUUUUAGUGGCAAGCCAGCCCACCUGGUGAGGUAAGAGAUGAACCGAACACAAAGUCGGAAGAGAGAGGCGUUGAGUGAGCGAAGAAGAAGAUAAUACAAGUUAGAUGGUGAUCAUCGGGAGGACCACAACUCUAGCUUUAGUCAUCCCUAGCCUACCCCUUCUUUCUACCAUAUCCUGCAGUCCUCGUCUCAGUGUUAGUAGCAAGUUGAGAAUGAGUACGAGCGCAAGCACUAACACGGGAGGAAGCGGCAAGUCAGCACCUGUAAUUCGGGAAUUUGUUAGUGUAGAAGGCGGCGGUGGCAAUGCCAGAGACAAAGCUGAUGCUAUCAGAUUCCGUCUUGUAUCAUACAACAUUUUAGCUCAGGUAUACGUCAAGAGCUCUCUGUUUCCACAUUCUCCGUCUCCCUGUCUUCGAUGGAAGGCUCGCUCACAGGCAAUUUUAACUCUUCUUAAAGACCUUGGAGCAGACUUCUACUCCCUUCAGGAAGUAGAUGAGUUUGAUUCCUUUUACAAAACAAGUAUGGAGGACCUUGGGUAUUCCAGUAUAUAUGUUCAGAGAAGUGGACAGAAGCGUGAUGGAUGUGGAAUAUUUUAUAAUAAAAACUGUGCAGAAUUGCUUUUAGAGGAAACAAUAGAAUACAAUGAUCUUGUACCCUUGGUACAUGAUGAAGCCUACUUAUCUUCAGACAAGCAGAAUGCACCACUGACCAACAGAAAUAAUGGGGAUAGUUCAAAGCAAGAUUUGUCAGAAAAGUUCUCAAAUUUGUCAGUAAAAAGUAGUCCAGAGAAUCAUGGAGAUCCCAGUGAUCCACGUGUAAGAUUAAAGAGAGAUUGUGUAGGAAUUAUGACUGCCUUUAAACUCAAGCAUCCUUUUCAUCAUGUUAUUAUUUUAGCAAACACCCAUCUUUAUUGGGAUCCAGAAUGGGCUGAUGUUAAGCUUGCCCAAGCCAAGUAUCUUUUGGCACGCUUAGCUCAGUUUAAAACACUUGUAAGAGAGAGAUUUGAAUGUACUCCUUCGUUAAUUUUGACUGGUGACUUCAAUUCAACCCCUGGAGACAAGGUUUAUCAGUAUCUUAUUUCUGGUAACUCUACAUCAUUGGAUAGAUGUUUGGAAGAACUUCUGCUUCCCUUGUGCAGCGUUUAUGCUUCGACAAGAGGAGAACCAUCAUUUACGAACUGCACCCCUGAUUUUACUGAUACACUUGACUAUAUUUUCUUUUCCCCAUCUGACUGCCUAAAGCCUGUCAGCAUUCUCCAACUUCCAGAGUUGGAGUCACCUGAUGUUGCUGGUGCAUUGCCAAACUAUAGCCACCCAAGUGAUCAUUUGCCAAUAGGUGCUGAAUUUGAAAUUACCAAAGACUAAAAUGUUCAAGCUGAGAAAUGAGCAAAAAUCGGUUUACCGGAUAAGCUGAAUUUGCUUCAUUCGUUGUAUUCUUUUCUUUAUUUUUUUGGAAUUUAGGACAUCCUAUAGUAUUCUGGAGAUAAGGCACUUAAAACCUGUAAAAGAAUUGACAAAUAAUAAAGCUGACUUGUUUUGGUUUUGGUUUUAGAUGGUGGUCGUUAAGGGAGAGAAAUGGAAUUGGAAUUGCGUAAUAAGUUGGGCUUUAA